UAUUUUCCCUUUUUUUGACUCGUUUUUUGAAGUACCGGCGGUGAAUCAGCUGACAGGGAACAGCGGCAUUGUCGGGCUUCCUCCUCGGCCUCGCACACAGGCAUGGAAAAUCGCCUCUAAUUAUCCUUUCGAAGGGCUUCUAGGUGUGAUAUGCAUUGAUUGAUGUCUGCCUCGCCUGCUGGUGCCACCGGGUCUGACUCUGUCCCCGUGUCUCCCUCAAACCCCCCCACCACCACUAGUCCCCCCUCGUCAGCGACCUUGACAGUAGCGUCUGCUGGGUCAGCCCUCUCUCCCUCAAGCACCGCCACCAGCUCUCAGCAGUCGGCCCCGGUAGAGCCCCCCAUUGUGCGUGAGGUCAGGCCACACAACCCCAAAAUGUCAAAGGCACUCAGCACCAGUGCUAAGAGGAUACAAAAGGAGCUCGCAGAAAUAACACUGGACCCCCCACCCAACUGCAGCGCUGGGCCCAAGGGAGAUAAUCUUUAUGAAUGGGUGUCAACUAUCCUGGGUCCGCCUGGGUCUGUGUAUGAGGGUGGGGUCUUCUUUCUAGAUAUCCAUUUCUCGGCAGAAUACCCAUUCAAACCACCUAAGGUCACGUUUCGUACACGAAUUUAUCACUGCAACAUCAACUCCCAAGGAGUGAUAUGUUUAGAUAUUCUUAAGGAUAACUGGUCUCCAGCCCUCACUAUCUCCAAGGUUCUGCUGUCCAUCUGCUCUCUUCUUACAGAUUGCAAUCCAGCUGAUCCCCUUGUAGGAAGCAUUGCCACACAGUACCUCCAAAACAGGGAAGAACAUGAUAGAAUUGCACGGCUCUGGACCAAGCGAUAUGCUACGUGAUCACUUCCCGGUAGCUGUGAACAGGGUAUUAGGCAUCUCUUUCACCAUGCCAAUUUGGGUUUAAUCAUUUUGUAUAAGUAAUUUCCACUCGGCCCCUUGAUUUCUAGAGUAUUUCAGCUUCUGCAAGAAAAAAAGAAAAAAAUGAUAAAAUAAAACACUUAAAAAUUUAACAAAAAAAUAAAUAAAUAUAAAAAAUGAAAAACAACAUGAAAAGAAAAGACAAAAGGAUAUAGAUAUUGGUGUAAUGGCAUAGAAAGUGAAAGGACAAAUAUUUUUAUAGAUAUAUAUGAUUAUUAUUCAUGCUCAUGAAUUUGUGAAUGAAAAAGGAAUCCUAGUUAUCAAGAAUAUAAAUUAUAUGUUUUGGCCUCAUAUUGUCCUAAAUGUGAAUAUAUAAUGUUCCUCCUUCAGUGAUAAGUAAUUAAUUAUCAUCAUUAUUAUGACUUAAAAGAUAAAAACUUUUGUUUUUAUAAAUACAGAAGAAUGUGACGGCUGUGUUAGAGUGGUCAUAAUCACAUUAUUUAUUAAUUUCCUGUUUAACAUGAACAUUUGAAAAUUUGGCCUAAUUGAUCACAAUACUUUGUGUAAAUGAAAAUUAAUAUACUUGAUUUUACCCUUCAUUAUCCUCCAUGGAUAACUUUCAUAAACUCAAAGCAUCACACAGCAAACACGCAUGCUGUUGACUGAUUGUGCAGAUCAGCAUUUCAUUAAAAUCACCUGAGAAGGUUAUCAGUCAAAUUUCAUUAGAGCAGAAUAUUUUUUUUUUUUUUUUUUUUAAUGUGGAUAAAGGGAGGAAAAUGCUUAAUAGAUUUUUUUUUGUGGUUGUAAGUGGAGAAGCAGAAUAGAUUGUAGUCUUUAUUAUUGAUACUUAGAGUGUAGUCCUUUUCAUGUGUAGUUUGGUAGCAUGUAAAAAGAAAUUAUUUAACGUUUUUGAGGAAGUGCAGUUGUGAUUAUGGUUAAGAAUUUAUAUACAUUUUUUUCUGUUUGUACCGGUGAGAUGUUUACUCAACCAAUGUGGUUUGCUUCAUAUUUUUCUUUUGUCAUUGUGGAAGAAAUUGAAGUUUGUUUGCUCUUGUUUUCUUUUUUUUUUUUUCUUUACAGACUGCAAAGAGAGUAAAACCAUGAUACAAGAAACUGAAUGCUUGGCAAAUCAAGGCAUGAGUGUUAUUAUGUUUUUUUCCAAUAGGUAAACCUAUUUAUCAUAUACUGAGAAUUUAGCUUGAGGUAGGAAGCUUUUUUGAAAUAGAGUUAUUUUAGGCAUGAUGGAAGAGAUUGUGAUCAUACUUCAUUACCUCAUUUUCCAUGCUGUGUAAAGCACAUUAUUGUUUUGGUUUCCAGUGUCAUAAAGAUGCUGAUUACUGAAUAAUUUCGGUUUUAUCAUGUUUUCCGUUCUUUGUUUUUCAUGACAGUAUUUUCAAGAAUUUAUCAUCAGUAUAAUUUGGCACAAAUUACAUUAGUGACAGUGCACCUUUUCCAUCUGAACUUUCCAUAAACUUGCCUGUCAUAGAUAGCUUACAGUCUGUCUAUAGUAACAGUGCUACUAGUCUUCAUGCAAUCUUAUCUACUCAGUGUAGCAGUCUUGUGAACAAGCAAGUGCUGUUUGUACCAUGGUAUUGUGAAUGGUCAAGUGCUGUUUGUACCAUGUCUUUUGAACAAAUUCCUUUUGUUUAUACCAUGGUUGUGCAGAAAAGCAAGUACUGUAUGUACCAUGGAUUUGUGAUGAACAAGUGCUGUUUGUACUAAGGUAUUUUGAAGAAGCUAAUUUCUCAUAUUACUAUGAUUAUGUGAACUAGCAAGCACUGUGAUUCAGUCUUGCGAGUGAGCUGGUGUUGUGUUAAUAGCACAAUUAAUCUAGCAAGAGUGUUAGUGCUGCAGCCUUGUCAACCCAGUGUGGUUUGUACUACAGUCUCGCAUGUAAGCAAGAACUGUCUUUGUACCUAGAAUGUUGUGAGGUGGGGAAAAUAUUCUCAAGGGCCUUUUGCCAGCAUAUACAAUAGUCAUCGUGUGACGUUUUCCAGUAUCACUGUAAGGGUUAUUAUUGUAUACUAAUUUAGAUCAGUUGCAUUGUUGUUAAAUUGUGCCACGUUUGAUUCAUCAUGCGAUAGUUGUCAUAUAUCAUUUUUCAUAAAGGAGGCAUUUACUGUAUCCUUGUUUGCAAUGUAUAUUUUUGGUUCAAUUAAUUACACAGGAAACUGAAUUUGUCCAUUUGGAGCAUCACUAGGCACAGGUAAAUGAUGCCUAACAUUAUUGUUCAGUCAUUAUUUCCAUCUCUGAUUAUAUUUCCAUAUGGAUUUAUCCUUUAUAUUUGGCCUCCUCACAUAAUGUCAUUAAUUUUUCUUGGGCUGUGAGUUAGCAAUGUCGAGAAUUAAUGAGAUGGAGAGAUUCACGAUUUCUUCCCAUUUUCUCUAGAUUUUAAGUUGCUCAGUGAUGUAACCUGGCCAAAUGAGUUCAAGCUUUUACUGUUGCUUUGUCGACUGGAGAACUUGCUUAUCAUUCUCUCGUUUGUCAUGCAACAAUACCUCAUUAUUUUGCCAUUAUAUGUGUUCUGUGUAGACUUGUAGUAUACACUUCCUAUAGUACUGAUUAAAAGGCACAAGGAUUGAUAGUGUUCCAUAAGCAUUCUGAUGUUGAAGUGGAAUGCUCUCCAAGUGAACUCUCAAGAAAAUAAUAAUGAUAAUAAAUAAUAGCGAUCGUCAUGCUCCCAUUCAGGGUUGGUUGAGUGACUCCUAAUGGGGAGCUGCAUUAUGCAGGGAGAAAUGGACUCACUGACUCCAGUGACUAUGUAGACAGGACGGUGCUCCAGCUGUGUCUUAAAUAAGAAGCAGGAGUUUAAUCAAGAGAGAAGUGUGGGAGAAACAAGACCCUCAUCUUCGUGUUGUGCUUAUUAGGUGAUUGGCAUGUCUAUCAGGUGAAUUAUUUGUCAUGGCUUGACUGAAUCCUGUGGAUGUCAACUAUGUACAAAACAGUCAUAGCAAUACAACAAAAUGUUGUCUGUUGCAAAGAUUAUGCUGCAGCCAGAAUGGUGUUGUGUUCUAUGAAUGACAAGAUAUUAAAGACCGUACCAAAUACUUUUUGUUUUCUCUAGAACAUUUCCUAAUUUGUGUAUUGCAGACAUGUAUCAUUUGCAUGGUCUUUUGAGAAAAGAAGGUUGUCGAACAUGAAGACAAGUGAAGAAAGCUUCCUGUACUCCCAUAUCUACUCUCGAUGGUUUUAUUUGUAUUUUGAACAGACCAAUACACGAGUGUGUGAACUGUUGUCCUAAACAGUGUAUGGUGUUCCUAUGAUAAUGAUUACAGAUAAAAGCCCUUUAAAAGUAGUAUCUUGUAUAUUGAUUUCAUGAUUUUCAUUGUCUUAACCUUCAAAAUUGUGUAAAUGAAUUAUUUUUGUAAUAUUUUCUAGAAUAUGAUCUGAGUUCAUUUGGGCAACUGUAGUAUUACUUUUUCGUAUUAGUUGAGUAAUCUUACAUGCAUGUAAAUUGAUUCAAGCCCUCAUGAAGUUGUGAUAGCUAUUAAGAAUGCCAGCCAAAGUUUCGGAGUGGUUGGAGAGGUUUUGGAGAUGAGAAGAACAAGCGAUGGACACAAAAAAGGCAGGAAUUUCCCUGAGAUUGGGUAGUUCGUAGUCAAAAAAAAAAAAAAAGACUGGGUGGGAAUGGACACUAAUACCCAAUGCCACCAUAGUGCAUAGUGCUGAUCUUGUACCCUUUUUGCAUAACAGGCAACCCAAAACUAAUUAAAUGAUUUCAGGGAACAUGGCCUACUUACUUCCAUCGAAUAACAGACAGUGAAACACUAGCAGCUUUGAGGUAGGCCUUAGCCCAGCAUCCAGGAAAAGGCAAUAGAUGCUUGAAUAUCAAUGUAAUCCCAAUAUGUAACAGCCAUAUAAAACCCAGUUUAUAUUACUGUCAUAACAGGAAAACAGUAUAUGUGUAUUGGUCUUCUCUUGGUUCCAAAUAAAACAUAUGAUAUCA